AGAUCUCCUGUCGAUGUUUUGAAAGACUGCUAUAGGACUGUGACUGUGACUGUUUCUCGAUGUUGACGUAAGGAAACGGAACACAGCUGGCAUCCUGAGAAGAAAAGGAGAGUAAUAGUGAUAUGACGCGUCCUUGAGUGUUCUGUGAGCCUGUGACUGUCAGUGUGGUGUUGACUGUUGUAGCAUGAAGGUGUGUUAUGUCUGGUUGUGUCUGUUCGCUUAUACUACAAGGAUACUGGAGACCUUUGCUGAUAUCCUACUGCCACGAUGAUAAGUACUGCAGGGAAGAAAGUUAAAUUCCCUCGGACAAAAUAGAAGCAGUUUUUUUUUUUCUUUUCUUUUUUCUCUGCGGACAAACAGACACACACAUCACUUCCAAAUGUUGCUCGAGGAGUACAGCUGGUUUCACACGCACCCGGUGGUGUACAAGGGCGUGCAGGGGUUCAAGACGCCCCUGGGGAACCCGUUACAGGAACAGCUGGAGGAGGAGGCGGUGCGGGAGGUUCGCUACGUGGCUUACGGAGUGGUGGCGCCCAUCAUUGUGUCCGUUGGAAUGCUUGGAAAUAUCUUAGUCAUUGCUCUACUGAGGCUGCCGCAGUUCAAAGGGGUCGUGUUUUCCUUCUUCACGGUGCUUGCUGUGGCUGACCUGCUCUCCCUUGGCCUCUGCAUCUCCCCGCUCCACCAUGCCCUGGCUGGCGGCACGCUCCACUACUCCACCGCAGCCUGGUACUCUUACUUCGAGCUCCUCUUCGUCGGCACGGCCAUGUCCACCUCUGUGCUCAUUGUUGUCUGCAUCACCGUGUACAGAUUCUUCUCCGUGUGUCGCCCUGCGGAGUUCCAGCGGGUCAACACUCCCCGCUUCCCUAGAAUCUCCAUGGCGGCGGCUUUGGGCACAGCGGUCAUAGCGUGGCUUCCUAUGAGCUUCCUGCGUCAACCGAGACUAGCCAGGGAGUGCCAAGGGACGUCUUUCACGCCUCCGGAUAACCAGACGUGGUGGGUAGCUUGUAUGAUUCACGAUCCCAGUCAGAAAGGUUACUUCAUCGCCUACUCGUGGAUUAGACAAGUUCUGGUGACGUUCCUGCCCAUCGUAGCCGUGGUGACGCUCAACUUGUUUACACUGAGAGGCUUCUUGCGCCACAGGAAACUGAGACGCCGCAUGUUGAACCAUCACUCGAAUCAACAGCCGUCUUCAUUGUCCAAGAGCCGAGAGGAGAAGUAUCUGAUGGGGUUGCUUAUUGCUGUCAUGUCCUCCUUUGUCAUCACCAUCGUGCCCUCGGGAAUAGCUAACGCCAUCAACACCAGCACGAGAACCAGCGAGCUAGAGUUUGUCAUCUUCAGUGCUGUGGCGAAUAACUUGGAGAUUCUGAACCACACGCUGAAUUUCUACUUAUAUAUCCUGUGCAGUAAGCAAGUUCGCGACACGUUGAAGGAAUACUACAGCAGACAUCGCGAUAGCAUGGCGUGGAUGCUUGACGGGUUCUCAUUGUUCUCGAGGGAAGUGAGAUCAGAGACGAGUGGUGGCAUGGAAGAGGGACAGAGAAGGCAGAGGAGAGAUUCACACACUCCAUCCUCCAGAACAAAAACGGAGGAAGAACCACAGAAAAUCUACACAAUAUCAGCCCCAUCUCCCGCUGUAGGCAAAUCAACGGACACCAGUGAGGAAAACAAGCAGAAUAAGACACUGGAGGACAACAUAUUCCCUCAUGUCAUCGCCAACACUCGAGACACGCUCACAUUCCCAGACGGUCUCGAGAAUCCUAAUUUUGAGUAUUCUGGAUAACAUUCUAUCAGUAUUUUCCGCUAUUAAACCUUCCAAACACUAGCCUGGAAGCACAAUGGAUGGUAGGGGUGUGGGAGGGGGGGGGUGUUUGACGGCUUUCCCAAGCACAGCAUCACCUUUUGUCUGGCUGCAGAAGGGACAGGGUGGGUGAGGAUCAGGGAGGGGUGGCGGGGACAGCUGUGCGUGGACCCGUGGACCUUGUUACCGUCUGCCUCUUAUCACCGGAAGGUUUAACUGUCCCACAUAUUACCCGUGGUCGUCAUAAAGCCAGCCAGGGUGUUUGUAUAUCACGUCACUUUAUUUUAGGAGAGGAAGAAAGUGAUAUAGAUCUGUUGUUUGUAAAUACGAGUAUAUAAAAAUGUUGAUUAAUGUCUCACUAGUGGUAUGAUAGCCACUGUUAUAAUAGUACAAGUUAUAUGUGUGCCUGUAUGUCUAAUUGUUGUGUUUUUGUGAUCUAUUUCUUGUAUAUGACCCAUGGUUUAUAAAUAUAUCAAAGACAGUAUUAGAAUAGUGUAGUAUUGGCGUGUUUUCCUAGCUGAUGGUGAAGUUGGUGGUUAUGGUCGUGGUGACAGUGAAAAUGACUGAUGGUGAUGAUUGCCGGCGUUUAAAUAAAUAAUUUCCACAAGGCGCAAAUAAAUAUCUCGAAUGGCAAUUUGCGCAAAGGAGAAUAUUAUGAAUGUUGUUAUGGCGGCGUGCUGGUCUGUCCCGCACCAAGAACAUCUUUCUCUUCCACGCACAGCUCCCUUCAAACAACCAUUCUGUGAUGUAUACAAUAAAUAAAAAAUAAAUAUGUAAUACUAAGACAUAAUGUGUGGUGAGAAAUGAGGAGAAAUAAACAGUAUGGCAACAAAA